UGAGGUGUCCAUCUUCUUUAGCAUUCUCUAGUGUAAUCACAAAUCCCAGGGAAUGCUGAAAGAUGUGCUUGAAAGUCAAAGUUUCUUUAUCUGAUGUUAACAAGGCAAGAGCUCCUUUCGAGCUGCCCUUGUUCAUCUUUGAAGAGGUUGGAUGUUUAAAUCACUGUCCAUGUCUAUUCCGUGCUCAAGUGCAUGAGGCUGCUAUAAAUCUAAGUGGUCAUUUGAUGUCAAAAUAUGAUCUCUGCGAAGAUGGUUGAGCUUUGAAGUUCUUCAUAGGCAGUUUGCUGCUGCUUCUGGUAAAUAAGUUAUUUAUAUAUUCUUCUAGUCUUAGUAGCAUUGAUUGUACAAGAGCUAUUAGAAAUGGAACCAAAAGGUGUGCUUAUGCAACGGUAUGAACUGGGGAGAUUAUUAGGCCAAGGAACCUUUGCUAAGGUCUAUCAUGCAAGGAACCUUGCUACUGGCAUGAGUGUGGCCAUCAAGAUAAUUGAUAAAGAGAAGAUUUUGAAAGUCGGGAUGAUUGAUCAAAUCAAAAGGGAAAUUUCAGUGAUGAGACUAGUCAGACAUCCGCAUGUGGUUGAGCUUUAUGAGGUAAUGGCCACUAAAACCAAGAUUUACUUUGUCAUGGAGUAUGCAAAGGGUGGUGAACUCUUCCACAAGGUAGCCAAAGGAAAGCUGAAGGAGGAUGUUGCCAGGAAAUACUUUCAGCAACUGGUCAGUGCUGUUGACUACUGCCACAGUAGAGGAGUGUGUCAUCGGGAUCUAAAACCAGAAAAUCUACUACUGGACGAAAAUGGGAAUUUGAAGGUUUCAGAUUUUGGGUUAAGUGCUCUUGCUGAGACUAAGCACCAGGAUGGCUUACUCCAUACUACAUGCGGUACCCCAGCUUAUGUUGCUCCAGAAGUGAUUAACAGAAAAGGAUAUGAUGGGUCCAAAGCUGAUAUAUGGUCAUGUGGGGUGAUCUUGUAUGUUUUAUUGGCCGGUUAUCUUCCGUUCCAUAAUUCCAAUCUGAUGGAAAUGUACAGGAAGAUAGGCAAGGGGCAGUACAAAUUUCCUAACUGGUUUGCACCGGAUGUACGGCGGCUGUUGUCCAAAAUCUUGGAUCCUAAUCCAAACACCCGGAUAUCAAUGGACAAAAUUAUGGAAAGUUCUUGGUUCAAAAAGGGAUUAGAAAAGAAUGUUGUCGCAGCGACCAGCGAGAAAGAACUAGCUCCUUUAGAUGCUGAUGGUGUAUUUGGAGCUUGUGAGAAUAACAGUGGUCCUGUUGCAGAGGCAAAACAAGAGCUCACCAAACCUUGUAAUAUGAAUGCUUUCGAUAUCAUUUCAAUGUCUGCAGGUUUUGACUUGUCUGGUCUGUUUGAGGAGACUGAUCACAAAAAAGAGGCACGGUUUACAUCAAACAAGCCUUCUGCAAUUAUCAUCUCUAAGUUAGAGGAAAUCUGUAAGCGCCUUCGACUGAAAGUGAAGAAGAAAGGAGGUUUGUUCAAGUUGGAGGGCUCCAAGGAAGGCAGAAAAGGCGUUUUGGGUAUCGAUGCUGAAAUCUUUGAGAUCACCCCACUCUUCCAUAUGGUGGAGCUUAAGAAGUCGAGUGGCGAUACAUUGGAGUACCAGAAGCUUCUGAAAGAGGACAUUAGACCAGCACUUAAAGACAUAGUUUGGACCUGGCAACGAGAACCUCAGCAACUCCAGCAAGAUACGGUGCUGCUGGAGCAAGAUCCUUCACAUGCUGCCCCAUCGGAGAUUGUAUCACAAUCAACUUCAUGAGCGUCGUACUGCACAAAAUACUUGUCGCAUGCUGUCCUUUCUUCUUUAAUUGUCCCAGUCAAGCGAGUUGUCAUCACAACAGUCUUGGAUUAAAAUUUGCUAGUGCUAUCUUCAGCUUUUAUGGAUGCCAUCAAAGACCUAUGAUUUAGUUGUUGUUAUUAUUAUCAUUGUUGUUGUUGUUAUUUGUUAUUGUUUCUCAAUAUUGGCUACUACAAGCCUUUUCUGCCCUUGGUGGCUCAGAGGAUAAAAGAAAGGAGAACAGAACACUAGAAACGGCAAGUUUAAACU